CCCCAUAUGAGUCAGUAGCCGCAGCCUGCAGCCAGCCAGUCUGGGAUCUCCCAAUGCUCAGCCAGGAGCCCUCUGCUAGGCACUUCAACGGGCACCGACCAUGGGCUUUGAACUGGAUCGUUUCAGUGGGGAGGUGGACCCCGACUUCAAAUGCAACUUGUGCAACAGGGUGCUGGAGGACCCCCUGACCACCCCUUGCGGGCACGUCUUCUGCGCAGGCUGCGUCUUGCCUUGGGUGGUGCAACAGGGCAGCUGCCCAGUGAAAUGCCAGCGAAUCUCUGCCAAGGAACUCAACCACGUGCUGCCCCUGAAAAGCCUGAUCCUCAAGUUGGAUAUCAAGUGUGACAACUACUCCAGGGGCUGCGACAAGAUAGUGAAGCUGCAGAGCUUGGCCGAGCAUGCUGAGAUGUGCGACUUCUCCCCGGCCAAGUGUAGGAACAAGGGCUGCAGCGAGGUUCUUAACCUGCGGGAUAUGGAUGCACACAUGCGGGAACGCUGCGACUAUAGGGCGGCCGGGAUCUGCCAGAAAGGCUGCGGGCUCAUGAUCACACACCGGGAGCACAGGUUGGGGGAGCACUGCUGCCUGAAAGCUCUCAAGGGGCUCAACACUGUCCUGCAGAGUAAAAUUUCUGGGCAGGAGACUGAGCUCAAGAAGAGGGUGCUGAGGUCCAGCAAGAGGGAAAAGUCGCUGGUGUCGCAACUGUCAGCCGUGCAGAAUGAGCUGCAGAUGACAGCGCUGCGCUACCAGAAGAAGUUCACCGAGUACAGUGCCCGGCUGGACUCCCUGACCAAAGCUGUGGCUUCCCCAGGCAAGGGUGAAGAAUCGAAAGCCAUGACUCUUGUUCUCCACCGGGAAUCUGGAUCCCUGGGAUUUAAUAUUAUUGGUGGCCGUUCCUGCGUGGAUAAUCAAGAUGGACCAUCCAGUGAAGGGAUAUAUGUUUCUAAACUAGUUGAUAGUGGUCCGGCGGCUAAGGAAGGGGGACUUCAGAUCCACGACAGGAUUAUCGAGGUAAAUGGGAAAGACCUGUCCAGAGCCACACAUGACCAGGCAGUAGAAGCAUUUAAAACAGCAAAAGAACCGAUUGUAGUGCAGGUCCUGAGACGAACUCCUCGCACCAAGGUGUUCAACACUCCAACUGAUGUGCACCUCAUGGAUAUGGGAACCCAAACAGAAAUAACCUUUGAGCGAAUAGCAGCGCUGGCCAAGAUUAGUUCUCCUUCCCCAUCAGUGGCUGGAUUGGACCCAUAUCUCUUAACAGAGGAGCAUUCUCCAGCACAUGACUAUUUUGACCCCAAUGACUUCAUGGGAGGCCUUAACCCGGAAAUGGAUAGAGAUGAACUUGAGCUGGAGGAAAUAGACCUUUACAGAAUGAAUAGCCAGGACAAGCUGGGCCUAACUGUGUGCUACCGGACGGAUGAGGAGGAUGAUACUGGAAUUUAUGUUAGUGAGAUUGAUCCCAACAGUAUUGCAGCCAAGGACGGGCGAAUUCGAGAGGGAGAUCGUAUUAUACAGAUCAAUGGUAUCGAUGUGAAUAACCACGAAGAAGCGGUAGCCCUCCUGACAAGCGAAGACACAAAUGUUUUCCUGCUGGUGGCACGGCCAGAAAUACAGCUGGAUGAAGGAUGGAUGGACGAUGACAGAAACGAUUUUCUUGAUGAUUUACACAUGGAUAUGUUAGAGGAACAGCAUCACCAGGCAAUGCAAUUUACUGCCAGCAUGCUCCAGCAGAAAAAACUUGAGGAAGAUGGAGGAACCACAGAUACCGCCACGCUAUUAUCUAAUCAUCUUGAGAAGGACAGUGGUGUUGGCCGUACUGAUGAGAGCACACGGAAUGAUGAAAGUUCAGAGCAGGAAAAUCUUGCAGAUGACCAUAUGACUUCUAACACUCUAGGAAGCCAUAAGAAGCUCAUGUACAGCCAGGAUACCCUUGGCAGUGGUGACAUGCAAUUCAGCAAUGAAUCUUUCAUAUCAGCAGACUGCACUGAUGCUGAUUUUUUGGGGAUCCCUAUGGAUGAGUGUGAGAGAUUCAGGGAACUUUUAGAACUGAAGUGUCAAGUGCAGAGCUCCAACCAGCGUAGUCGCUAUUACCAGAACAGUACAAUGGAGACCAACAGGAGUGACCAAGACAGUGUAGACCGAGAGUUAGAGAUGUUGAAUGAUGAGCUGCACAGCAUUGAACUUGAAUGUUUAAACAUUGUCCGUGCCCACAAAAUGCAGCAGCUAAAAGACCAGUACAGAGAUAGUUGGAUGUUGCACAACAGCGGUUUCCACAAUUACAACACAAGCAUAGAUCUGGGCCGACACGAGCUGUCGGAUAUCACAGAACUGCCAGAGAAAUCAGACAAGGAUAGCUCAAGUGCCUAUAACACUGGGGAAAGCUGCCGUAGCACCCCAUUAACUUUAGAAACUUCCCCUGACAACUCUUUGCGUAGGGUGGCAGAAGUCAUGAACUGCCCUAAUGCUGAAGGUGCAGUGGGCAGUGCUGCAUGCAGUGCUCCCCAGAAGAACAUACAAACCCACGGAGACAGUCGUGAAUCCAGUCCUGCCAGGUACCAUCUCCCUCCUAAGGAUACAGAUCCCAGCAAACAAACAGAGGCUAAGGAAAGAAAGACCAGUGAAGCUGGUAAAACUUCUCAGGACAAACUGUCUAGCAGUUAUGCCCCACCAUAUCGCCAUUCUCCAUACAAACAUGCUCACAUACCCGCCCAUGCACAGCACUAUCAGAGUUACAUGCAGCUGAUCCAGCAAAAAUCAGCAGUGGAAUAUGCACAGAGUCAGAUGAGUCUGGUCAGCAUGUGCAAAGACCUCUCCAACUCAACAGAACCCAGGAUGGAAUGGAAGGUGAAGGUGCGCAGCGAUGGGACUCGAUACAUCACCAAGCGCCCAGUCAGGGAUAAACUGUUAAAAGAACGUGCCAUAAAGAUAAAGGAAGAGAGGAGCGGUAUGACAACGGAUGAUGAUGCCAUCAGUGAGAUGAAAAUGGGACGUUACUGGAGUAAGGAGGAAAGGAAGCAGCAUGUACGCAGAUCCAACGAACAAAAGAAGAGACGGGAGUACAUGAUGCAGAGCAGAUUGGAUUGUUUGAAGGAAAAGCAAACCACAGAAGACAACAAAGAGGUCAGCAUUAUUGACCUCAGCCACAAAAAGAUGAUGAAGAAGAGAAAUAAAAAGGUUUUCGACAACUGGAUGACAAUCCAAGAACUCUUGACUCACGGCACCAAGUCGCCUGAUGGGACCCGAGUCUACAACUCUCUCCUGUCAGUGACGACGGUAUAAAUUUAAAGAUCGGAUAUUUCUGUAAAUAACAAAACUACCGAUGAGGUAGAAUUCCCCACGCCUCGUUCAAUGUGGCAAGGUUUUUUUUUUGUUUUUGUUUUUUUCUUUACUUUUUUUUGUAAAUAUAAGGUAAUUACCAUCACUUUGUUAAUAGUUUGUCUUUUAUAAAAAUGUUAUCAUUCUACAUCUAAUGGGUGCCAAAUCUUUGUACUUACCCUCAGUGCUACAGGAAGGGGCAGAGACUUAUUGCAGUGCAACAUGCUGGGGUGCAGUGGGGAAUUAUACAGAGUUGUCUGUAGGGGAGGGAAGCAGUGGGGGAAUGAACCAUGGAGACCACUUAAAAUGUCAAUUACCAACUGAGUGGCUAUAGUGAAAGCUUGAAUAAGAGGGCAGUCCGUUAAUCACAGGACCCCGGAAUUGUACUUUAUAAGGAGGAACUGUUCAAGGGUAUGAUGGCACUCUCCUAAUAAAAGAUUAAAACUAUACCCUGUAUACUUCCUGUUAUGACCUGAUACUUCCUGUUAGACCUGAUACUUCCUGUUAUGACCUGAUACUUCCUGUUAUGACCUGAUACUUCCUGUUAUGACCUGAUACUUCCUGUUAGACCUUAUACUUCCUGUUAUGACAUAGGGCAGUAUGCCACUACUCACAGCCAACAGCUCAAUGCCUUAAAAUACAGAACCCCCACUAUUUGCCCCUCUUCUCUGCUGGGGUUCAUUAGGCACGGCCCUCCCGCUCCAUAUUUUGCACUUUUUGCACUGUCCUGCCCCAGGGAGCAGAUUGCACACAGAUGCACACAGGCACCCUGCAGUUUAGGUGCUAAGCUUUGGGAAUACAGGAGCGCUGAGUCAACUAUCAGUCAUUGAUAUCAAAUGUCUUUGUUGAUGCCCUUUUGAUAUUAAGGUCAUAUAAUGACUGUUCAGCAUCGGACUGAGAGUUCUGAGACCCACUGUGGCUUCUGAUACAGGGCCCCCAUCACCUCCCCCCCCCUCCGGGCCCCCCUGCCCCAGCCGCAACCCCCCCUCCAGGCCCCCCUCUCCAGCUGCAACCACCCUCGGGCUAGAGGAUCAGGGCCAGAGGAGGGUUAGAAGGGUGCAGAUCUGGGUUGACGGGGCCCAUGAGGGCCGGAGCCUACCGGGUUUUUACCCGGUGUCCCGCCGACCCAAUCCGUCCAUGUGACUGUUUGUGCCAAGGCCCCGCCCCUACUAAAGACACCUGGAUACUCCCAUAAUGGUUAAGAAUUUCUGCAUAUUAUGAAAACUCAGCUCAUAACUAUUUUUCCUGCAGAUAAGUGAAUGCCAAAUAGCCCUAAUUACACAUGUACUAUCGUUAAUCAGUAUUCAUAAACAAUACACAUGCUUUUUUCCCCCUCCUUUUUGCCUAAAAACACAAGAGCAACUGCCAAUAUGAAAUGAUAUUUUAUAAGACUGUAUUUUGUAUUUUGCUGUUGUGUCCUUUUAUAUUAUAUCUGCCUUCCUAUUUAUCCAUAUUUACAAUAACAGCAUUUCCUGUGCAAAUGUAUUUCAGCCGCCGUUACCCUGCCUCCAGCCAACUCAUCACUUGUGUAACAGCUGAUACUUUAUAUGAAGAGAAUGUUAUUCAAUGUUUAGCUUUAAUGGGUUCGAUAAAGAGGUUUGAAAUCCUAUGUUCUUAAUGGGGUUAAAAAUAAAUGUGCUGUAAGCACGGCGCCUCCUUUUUAACAUUUUGCUUUCAUUAUUUCUUUGUACUGAAAUUUAAAAUAAAAAGAAUAAUUUGCAAUUUCAUAAAAUCACAGAUAGUUACCAACAUGCCAAUGAGAAAACAAAUAAAUUAUUGUUUUGUAUCCACUA